AUGAUGGUGUCGGCUGCCUUGCGCUUGACCAUCAUAUGUUUUGGAAUAUGGAUAGUUUCGGGAAUCCAUGAGCCGCCGAAAACUCGAAACACAUCCGCUGACAUCCUUAGUUGUUUCUGUAGGGAACCACCCUGCUCUAGCCAUAUCACAAUUCGAGGGAAAUCGAUUGAUUGUCGAGAGUUGCUUAGCGAGUACACGUAUCAAGACAGGAGAUGCUUAUUUUCACCAAUCAGAUGUUUAUUCCGAUACGGUAGCGGAAUGUGA